GGCGCGCCGCAGCCAUGGCCAUCGCCCACCUGGCCACAGAGUACGUGUUCUCGGACUUCUUGCUGAAGGAGCCCACGGAACCCAAGUUCAAGGGUCUGCGGCUGGAGCUGGCAGUGGACAAGAUGGUCACUUGUAUUGCCGUGGGACUGCCGCUGCUGCUCAUUUCGCUGGCCUUCGCUCAGGAGAUCUCGAUCGGUACUCAAAUAAGCUGUUUCUCCCCAAGUUCUUUCUCCUGGCGUCAGGCUGCCUUCGUGGAUUCUUAUUGCUGGGCUGCCGUUCAGCAGAAGGACUCCCUGCAGAGCAGUGCUGGAAACCUUCCAUUGUGGCUGCACAAGUUUUUCCCCUACAUCCUGUUACUACUUGCAAUCCUCUUGUACCUGCCCUCCUUGUUCUGGCGUUUUGCAGCUGUUCCUCAUCUUUGCUCAGAUCUGAAGUUUAUCAUGGAAGAACUUGACAAAGUUUACAACCGCGCAAUCAAAGCUGCAAAGAGUGUCCGUGACUGCGACAUGAGAGAUGGUUCCUACCCAGUUACGGCCAUUAAUGACAAUGUAGGGCAAAGUUUGUGGGAGAUAUCUGAAAGCCACUUCAAGUACCCAAUUGUGGAGCAGUACUUGAAGACAAAGAAAAACUCUAAUAAUUUAAUAGUCAAAUAUCUCAGCUGCCGAGUGCUAACACUCACAAUUACACUGUUAGCAUGUGUCUACCUGAGCUAUUACUUCAGCCUCUCCUCACUCUCAGAUGAGUUUGUCUGCAGCAUCAAGUCAGGGAUCCUGAGGAAUGACAGCACUGUGCCCAAUCAGUUCCAGUGCAAACUCAUUGCAGUGGGCAUCUUCCAGCUGCUAAGCUUUAUUAACCUGGUGGUUUAUGUCCUGCUAGCUCCUGUCGUUAUCUACACGCUGUUUGUCCCAUUCCGGCAGAAGGCAGAUGUGCUCAAAGUGUAUGAGAUCUUGCCCACGUUUGAUGUUCUGCAUUUCAAGUCUGAAGGGUACAAUGACUUGAGCCUCUACAAUCUUUUCCUGGAAGAGAAUAUAAGUGAACUCAAGUCAUACAAGUGUCUUAAGAUACUAGAAAAUAUCAAAAGCAGUGGUCAGGGAAUUGACCCGAUGCUACUUCUGACUAACCUUGGCAUGAUCAAGAUGGACAUUGUCGAUGGCAAAACUCCAAAGCCUGUGCCAAGCAUGAUGAGAGAGGAACAGGAAAACCAGACGGCAGAGCUCCAAGAUUUGAGUCAACACGGUGAAACAAAUGCAAAUAGUGGAGAGAACAAUGUCCGGCAGAGACUUAUGGAUUCUUCUUGCUGA